AUGAGGUUGUCAUCAGGAGGAACUCCUUGGCGGGGUUCCCUGUUCCUUGCCUCUGUGGCGGCCUGCGCCGUCAUGCUUUGCUACGCGGCUGAUCUUCCAUCGCCAACAACCAGCAGCAAUGACUCACAUGGUGAAUUGCACCAGCCGCAGCUCGACACAACAGCUCCUGCCAAGAUGUACGCGCGCAGGCAAUGGCAAACUGAUGGUAGCGGCGGAGGCGGCGGAGGGGGGAGUAAUGGUGGGAGUGGUGGGGGAGGAGGAAGCGGCAGAAAUGGUGGUGGAGGUGGCGGUGGAGGAGGAAGCGGUGCUGGUAGCAGUUGGAGUUGGGGGUGGGGGUGGGGUUACGGAUGGGGAUGGGGCAGCGCAGGAGGUGGUGGCGGAGGAGGAGGUGGAGGCGGUGGCGGUGGCGGUGGCGGUGGGACAUCGGGCGGCGGCGGCGGAGGAGGAGGAGGAAACGGAACCAGAAACGGGGGGUGUUGGUGGGGAUGCAGAGGAAACGGAGGCGGCGGUGGAGGCGGGAACAAUCAGAGACAGGGAGGUGGAAGAGAUGGCACGUUAAGCGGCAGUCGAAGGCACAACUACAGCUCGAGCUUGUACAGGGUGGGGGAGUACGCCCGGUGCUCCGGCCGGGGGCGGUGCGGCGGAAUGAAGCUUCUCUGCCCCAUGCACUGCGACGGGCCCUGCUUCUACGACUGCCAGAGCAACUGCAGGGCACACUGCAGAUUCCGGUGA